AUGGGUCGCAAUCGCCGCACGGAGCACUCCCAGAACCCGAGGGACCCGCAAACGGGCCCGCAAAAGGGCACCAUGGACGGAUUCCUGCACCCACCGCGUGGGAAUGAUGGCGGGCCUGACAGCCCGAACCCAGCCUCACAAUCACCUGUCUCGGCGGCGGGUGCUGACUCCGCGACCCUGGAACGGAUCAGCGAUGAGCUGAGGACAAUGACGGCGGCCAUGGCCACUAAAGCUGACCUGCUGACUCUCACUACCACCAUUCAAGACGCCCUGCGGGCGGAGAUGGCGGGAAUCCGGGUGGAGGUGAGCACACACACAAACCGCAUAGAGGCCCUAGAGGCCACCACUGAGGCCCAAAACACAAGAAUAGUGGCAUCUGACACAGCUAUAACCAGACAGGGAGAUCUGCUCUUACAUAUGCGCAGACACUUAGAAGACCUUGAUAAUAGAGGCCGAAGAUGCAAUAUACGAAUCAGGGGAAUCCCUGAAGCUGAAGGAGGUGAAAACAUAGAAGAGCUUCUCACAAACCUAUUCAAGCUUAUACUACAGGCCAACGCUCCUCAGAAUUUUGAAUUCGAGCGAGCACAUAGGGCCCUGAGACCACGCCCGAUCGAAGAAGGACCUAGAGAUACGAUAUGUUGCCUUCACUCAUUUCCUAUUAAAGAUGCCAUCAUGAAAAAAGCUAGAGAGCAACCCACGUGGCUAUUCCAGGGAGCCCAAGUAUCGCUCUUUAAUGACCUAUCCCCAUACACAUUAGACGCCAGACGGGCACUUAGACCAGUGACGGCGGCGCUCCGCGACCAUAACAUCGUUUACAAGUGGGGAUUUCCAUUUGCGCUACUAGCACGCCGUCAGGACACUUGGAUAGCUGCCAGGUGGCCCGAAGAGGUGCCACGCUUUCUGGAAGAGCUGAACUUGCCACCCAUCCCAGUCACCAAUUGGGUCUUGAGCCAGCCGGGACCGGCACCACGACCACAACGAGUGCCCCGCAGACGUGGAGGCGGCUCCCCACCGGGUCGGCCACUCCAAAGGCGAAGACAGGGACCUGGGAACCCUGCGGAGUAA